CGGGACUUUUAUUAUGUAGAAACAUUCGCCAUGUUGCUAGAUGUAGCUGUUGACCUCCGUAUGUGCCGUUGAAUUAUAAUGUGACACCAGAAGUAGUUAUUAAUUUAGAGCAUUUUUGGAAACUCUAUGAAAGGAUAGCAAAAUGUCCAUAGCUCUAAUAGGAGGCCGUUUGGGUGCCAGCUUCUGGUGUGGGAAGUGGAGCAGACUUCAGCCUAUAUCCAAAAGGUUUGUCUUCUCCAGCCACCAGAUCCAACGCUCUAUGUUUUUCACAAAAACCUGGAGUUGCCCUCUGCAUCAUAGAAACGCAGCAGGUUCCCUCAUCCGAGCUGAAUCCAUCCACACGUCGUCACAGAGACUGAAGAAACGGCAGCCAGACGAAGCUCCUCCACGUGAACUUGACUUGCUUCGUUAUGAUCUGAAGGUUCUGAAGAAAGCCCCCAAACCAGCGUUGUAUUUAGGAUUUUCCGGUCUCAUACCGUUUGUAUCCGCUCCGUUAUUCAUGGCCGUCACAGAGACCUACGUUCCUGAAUUAGCUUAUGCUCAAGUUGUGUACGGAGCCGCCAUUGUUUCCUUUCUCGGCGGCGCUCGUUGGGGCUUCGCCUUACCCGAGGGCAGCCCUGCGAAACCCGAUUGGCUGAACCUAGCCAACAGUGUUGUUCCCACUAUAAUAGCGUGGGCAGCUUUGCUGUUCAGCCACAACAUUAUUCAGUCUGGCAUGCUAGUGAUCAUGGGCCUGGGAAUAUCGCUUCAUUACGACCUGGCACUGUUACCCACUUACCCCAGCUGGUUCAAGGCACUGAGGACAAUCCUCACUACAGUAGCUUUCUUCUCUUUACUGGCCACUAUAGUUCUUAAAGGAUUCUAUCCAGAGAAGAGAUAUCUGACCCAGGAAUAAUUUUUCUUUUUUGUAUGUAAAUCUCACUUUAACUUCAUAAUAUAAUGCAUCUGUUUUAACCUAUACCUGUCAUACCAAGCCUGUUUUCAUCCUGGAAACAAUAGGAAUAUCACAUUUGUACAAUUACACAAUUGACACAAUUGUAUUAAUGAAUGAAAUAAUCGUAACUCCAAGAGGUAUAGAUUUUAAACACGUGCUGACAAGAUUGUGAAUGUUUAAAUACUGAUAUUAUCACUAUAUGACAUUGUCACACCCACUGAUCAUACAUACGCAGCCAUAUUUACAACAGAAGGCAAAUAAAACAUCAUGUUCAAAUUGCUGUCUUAUUUUUCUACAUUUAAACAUGAAAUUAAAUUAAAAUGUUUAGCGGUAUUGAAUGACUCAUUUACCAUCUUUCCCCCCUCCGUAUUUAUAAUGAAGAUCUAUUGUGAAAAAUUUUGUUUCAUAUAAUAUAAUGAAUAAUAAAUUAAUACCAGGAAAAAAAAACCCAAUGAUUUUCCCUCUAGUUUUCAACUAUUUAUUAUGGGAUAUUUUCACUCAAAAAUGUUUUCAGCGGAAUUUGAAAAAAAUAUUAAUAUACUUUUAUCCAUUAAUUCACUUUUAUUCCUUCAUCUAACUACAAUUGUAAUGUUAUUAAUCCAUAUAUAGAUCUUAAAUUUGGUUAAUCAUUUCACUGGUUGCUUCUCUUUCACUGAUAUUCUAGUUAUAGCCUGCUUUAAGACGACCCCUAUCUCACAUCUAUAGUAUUCAGGGGACACAUUCCUGUAGUCCACAGCUCUUAAAACCAGACAUAAACCUAAGCUCCACUUAGCAGCUUGUGUAGAUUUGACUUUUCGGAAGAGUUUGAGGUUUUUUUGUUUCUUGGUAAAAUGGUAAGUUGUAGGUUUUAUUUUUGUUUCAUUAACAAAAAAAGUGAUGCUGGUGAGGGAUGACCAUUUAUAGCUGCUGUAAAAAACUUGACCGGUCCUAAUUUUAAUUGUGGACGUUCUACAUUAUUAACUGGAUCUAUAAACAGCUAAAGUUUUGUGGUUUGUUAAUAAAUAAAAAGUUGCAGUCA